AUGGCGCCAGACAAGUCAGAGGGAAAGACGAGCGCUGAAAUGCCUGUGCAAGUCCAAGCACAGAGCACGGACUAUGAUAUCGACUACGAGAAGCAUGGUGCCCAGCGUGAGGCGAACCCGCUGCCGGAUCUCAAGCGGAAGCUGAAGAGCAGACAUCUGCAGAUGAUUGCCAUUGGCGGCACAAUAGGUACCGGUUUAUUCAUUGGUAGCGGCACCGCUAUUGCCCACGGAGGCCCCGUGGGCGCUCUCAUCGCUUAUAUCUUCGUCGGAACGAUCGUGUACUCGGUCAUGACCGCUCUCGGAGAAAUCGCAACAUAUAUCCCAAUUCCUGGUGCAUUCACCUCAUACGCUGCUCGCCUGAUUGACCCUAGUCUGGGAUUUGCUAUGGGUUGGAUCUAUUGGUUCUCAUGGGCAUCAACAUUUGCGCUGGAGUUGACCGCAACCGGUUUGAUCAUCCAGUUCUGGAAUAGCAACAUUCCGAUCGCUAUCUUCAUUGCCGUCUUCUGGGUCGUGAUUAUCAUUUUCAACAUGAUGCCCGUGGCCUUCUAUGGUGAAAUUGAGUUCUGGUUCGCGAGUAUCAAGGUUAUUACCGUGAUCGGGUUUAUGAUCUUCUCAAUCUGCAUGAACGCGGGCGUCGGUAGAGAAGGGUAUAUCGGUUUCCGGUAUUGGGUGCACCCCGGCCCGUUCGUCCCUUAUUUGAUUAAAGGCAACGAUUCGUUGGCCAAAUUUGUUGGAUUCUGGUCCACGCUUAUUCAGGCCGGAUUUUCCUACCAGGGAACCGAACUGGUGGGUAUUGCGGCCGGUGAAACCGAGAACCCGCGCAAGACCGUCCCAUCUGCAAUUCGCAAAACCUUUUUCCGUAUCGUCUUCUUCUUCAUCCUGACAAUCUUCUUCCUCGGGAUUGUUGUUCCCUCCACCGACGACGGUCUAUUGGCUAGUGAGGGUGGUGGUGCUGCUGCAAACAACGCCAACGCCUCACCGUUCGUCAUUGCUGCCAACCGUGCGGGCGUCGCGGCUCUCCCCGGUAUCAUCAACGCCGUUCUUCUGACCGUCGUGCUUUCGGCGGCCAACUCCAACGUCUACAGCGGGAGCCGUAUCCUGGUGGGUCUAGCCCAGGAAGGUUUCGCCCCUCAUUGGUUCAAGAUUACCAGCAAGCGUGGUGUCCCUUACUAUAGCGUACUUUUCACCGCGGCCUUCGGUCUGCUCGGAUUCUUGAACGUCUCCGAUGCAGGCAGCACGGUGUUCACUUGCGCGCUUAAGGCUCGCAACAUCUCUCGGGAUAUCCUGCCUUACAAGGCUCUCUGGCAGCCCUGGUUCUCGUGGUAUGGUCUGUUUUUCAACUGUCUGAUCAUCAUCACCCAGGGCUUCACUGCCUUCAUUCCACACUUCCAAGUUAAGGAGUUCUUCAUCAACUACCUGAGCUUGAUUUUGUUCGUGGUGUUAUAUGCGGGACACAAGAUUGUGUACCGCCCCGCAUUUGUCAAGCCCAUUGAGGCCGACCUUGAUACCGGCCGCACUACUGCUGAUAAUGAGACAUGGGAGACUAUUGAGCCAACUACAUGGUAUGGCAAGGCAUGGCAGUGGAUUUGUGGGUAA